GUGUUUUAACCCUAGAAGCAUUAAUUAUUCAGAUAUUUAUUGAGUGUGCACUGCAUGAACAUUACUUUCUAAUAGUUUCUGAGGCCUACAAAGGUGCUCUCCUACCUCGGAGGAGCUGAGGCUACCUGGUCGAGGGAAGUCUGGUCUAGGUGGUCAUUCUGUAGCAUGACUCAUCCUCCUAAUACUUUCCAAAUAAAUUUCUAUUUCUACAUCAGGGCAUCUCACGACACACUGUGACAUCAGGAAAAAUGGUGCUUUGCAUACUUGCUCCAGUGGACGGAUCUCAAGCUGUCUGGGGACCAGGGUUCUCAAGGACAUGGUGCUGGAACCUAGAUCUUUCAGAGAUCAAAUCAGGACAGUCCUAGGGGCUGUGGGGUCACCUUCUCUUCCUCUUUCCUGCUACCCCAAGUCAUCCGCAUUGUGUAUUAUGCAGUGGGAAAGCGCCUUGGCCUGGACCUCAAGCUACCCACGUUCUAAUCCUGCCUCUGUCAUGUCCUAGAGCUGUGGCCUCAGAUCUCUCCCUGGUGCCACAGCGGCUGAGUGUGCCUCAAAUCUGAAGAAAAUCUACACAGUGCAAACAGUGCAGAUAUUCUGGAGUGUGUACAAUAAUAUCCCUCCUGUGACUAGCCUGCCCUUGAGAUGUAGUUACCAUUUAAUGAGAGGAGAGAGGCGACCACUGUGGGAAGAGGAGAGUAAUGCAAAAGGUGGCGUCUGGAAGAUGAAAGUGCCCAAGGACAGCACGUCCACAGUUUGGAAAGAGCUGUUGUUAGCAACUAUCGGGGAGCAGUUCACAGACUGCGCCGCAGCAGAUGACGAAGUAAUAGGAGUCAGCACCAGUGUUCGCGACCGUGAGGAUGUCAUCCAAGUCUGGAAUGUAAAUGCCUCGUUAGUGGGCGAAGCCACUGUUUUAGAAAAAAUCUAUGAACUUCUGCCUCACAUAUCUUUUAAAGCUGUAUUUUAUAAACCCCAUGAAGAGCAUCAUGCUUUUGAAGGUGGACGUGGAAAACACUAAUUGCACUCUGUAAAGAAUUCUUUGUCCUUUGCUGAUUGGUUUUGGAAACGGUCUUAACAGGAGGGAGAGUGAAGAGAAGACUUGCCGAAGCCCGGUGCUGGUCCAUUUAGAGUGGGUUUCUGUGCUUGCAGAUUGGGCAAUUAGGACUCAAAGUGGCAGGUGGGGGGGAUGAUUAUGUGGGUUUCUACCGUCAUAUUACUUGCUUUUUAAAAAUAUAUAUUUUUUAGAUUUCUAAAUUCUCUGUUCUAUUCACUCAGAUUUUUUCCCUUUAAAAUUCCAUAUUCAGGCUAAUUACUGUUUUCUACACUCCCCUUUCACUGAAGCACAAGAACUUGGUUUCCCUUUCAGUAGCUCUGUUGUACCUACUUAAUGAGAAUAUAUGCAUAAUCAUAACAAUCCAGCUUUUGAAACCACAUUGUACCAGGAGGAACACUAGCUUGGUGAAACAUGUCUUCUGGUUAUUUGUUGUGACAUAUUCCUAUGUGCUGUGAGCUGGGCAUUGUUUUUGUUUUUUGUUUUUGUUUUUGUUUUGUCCCAGAGGAAAGAAAAACAAUAUUUAACCUGAUUUUGCAUUGACAAGGUAAUACCUUUUAUUUUCCUUUACAAACUGAUUUUUAGUGAUAUAAGGAAAAUAAUAUUUGGUUUGGCUAACAGAAAAACUAUAAACACAGUUUAGAAUCGGGAUCAAACUCUAGGUUUUUGGAUCCUCUGUGGAAGUAUUUCUUACCAAGUAUAGAUUUGGCCUUUUUCAGCGGAAGUCUUAAGAGUAAUAAAUAGCAAGGGAUUUCUCUAAUAGAAAACUUGGUAUUUCUGAUUUCAAGUUUCCAAAGUUUAGAUAUGCUUACCCUUGCCCACUUAGAACUUCCCAAAUCGAUUCUAACACACUGGGUUAAGUAAUCCCUCCUUCCUGCUCAUUUUAUGUCAUUUCUCAUAAUCAAUGGCCCCUCCAGCCUGGACAGCUUUUCCUUCCAUUUCAUGUAGGAGCAGGAAGUAAAAUGUCAUUUCCAGGAUACAUGUAAGCAUUCGCAAGAACUCGGAAUACCUCCUGUCCUUAUUAAUUGUUGGAACUCUUCAUAUACAUAGUGUUAUACUACCAAAGAAGUACUGGUUUUAGUAGAUGGAAAUGGCCACCGUCUGGAACACUGAGAUCGCUCAGAAUACACCAUGUCCCUCCCUUGAUUUUGCCAAGCUUCUGGGAACUUUUACCUGAGGAAGGGCAGAGCUAUUGGAGGUGCCUUCUCCUGCUGACUUAUUUUAGGAGUCACUUGGAUUUGUGUGCACUUAACACAUUUCUCAAGAGUGAUGCCUUUAGGAUGUCACUGCACCCAGGGUUUUUAAUACUUCUUGCAGUGUUGACCGGUAGAGCGAAGUGGAACUGCUCCGAACCGCCUAUAUAUGUUUGUAAAGAGAGUUCUCCUUUCAAACAUUGUAAAUGACUCCCAACAAUAUAUAUUUAUAAGAGUUGUGCCCUUCCUUUGGUUUAUUAACCAUACCAACCAUAAUAAUAAUCAACCAUAGUUUUUAAAAUUGCUUUUUUCUAAACUUGAGUUUUUUCAGCAAUUUCAAAAUGAGGUCUAAGGAUACAGGAUUCCUUUAGCAAAAGCCUGGGACUUGUUUUUCUAAACAGUGUAUAUUUCUUUAAACAUUCUACUUGUUUUUAAAUUUUUCCUCAAGGAUUUAAAACAAUUAUUCUGGACAUGAAUUGAAAAUUCUUUUUGUAACAUAAAUAUUUUUCUGGUAGAUUAGAAAAAAGAUAUAAUUGAUUUAAUAAUUGUCAUAUAUUUCCACAAGUAGAUGAAUUUUGAAGAAUUUUUAUUUUUGAAUAUUAAAGCAUUUGUGAUGACGUGUUCAACUUUUGC